GGUGAUUUAAUAUACUGCAGAGCCACAGUCUUCACCAUCACAGGCAGUGAAAUGGUGGAAGCUGAGGUCGCAGUCAAAGUGGUUGAAUCUCCAUAUAGGAUACUGUUCACCAAGACCUCCAAGUACUUUAAGCCUGGCCUGCCUGCGGUUCUUCACGUACGGGUGCUUAAUCCAGAUGGCUCUCCUGCUGAAAACCUCCCCUUAAAGGCCAGUGCUUACAUAGUAAAUACAGACAAUCAGGGAGCAGCUCUGCUCAAAGUUAACACAGCCAGCAGUGACAAACAGAAGGAGGUGAAAGUGGAAACCAAAGAUGAAAAAUUACCGGCUAAUCAUCAGGCGGUGGAAUAUCGCACUCUCGAGUCUGCUCAAACACACAGCACUGGUGCAUAUCUACAUCUGGGUGCAGUUAUGGUCUCCAGUAACAAUCUAGAGGUCACCAUCAACUUCAACAACGAGAAGGGAACCAACCUGCAGCCUGAAUACAUUUCCUACCUGGUGGUGAGCAAGGGUCAGGUUAUACAGGCGUCUAAGUGGAGAGUGGAAAAGGGCAGCUAUACCAUGAAGCAGAAGCUUAGUGUCACCAAAGACAUGCUGCCAUCCUUCCGACUCAUCGCUUAUGGCACAUUACCUAUAGUCAACUAUGCCAUCCUCUCAGACUCGGUGUGGGUAGACAUGGAGGACACAUGUGAGGGAACUCUUGAAGUGUCAAUUGGCAAAGUGCGAGCAUCAUACUUGCCAGGAUCGAAAAUCACUCUGCGGGUAAAAGGAGAUCCAGGAGCCCAGGUGGGAAUGGUGAUUGUAGACAAAGCUGCCUUCACACUAAGCAAGAAGGGUCUCCUUACCCAGUCAAAGGUUUGGGAGGCUGUUGAAGACAGAGACAUGGGAUGCACCAGGGGAGGGGGGCAGAACAACAUGGCCAUGUUCACAGAUGCUGGGCUUACCUUCACUUCAAACAAGGGACACUCAACCUUGGCCAGACAAAGCCAUUCCUGCCUUGAUCAUGUCACUCUUCGGAAGAAGCGCCAGGCCACCUUGCCAGUAAUCAAACUGGAGUUUGAAAACCGUUACCAUAGUGAUCUGCAGCGGAAGUGUUGCCGUGACGGCAUGACGGCGUUUCCUCUGGACUAUUCCUGCGAGGAGCGCUCCCGCUACAUCACAGAGGUGCAGCAGUGUGUGGAGGCGUUCCUCCACUGCUGCCGGGGCCUGGAGAAGAAGAUGCCACUCUUCAGUACGGAGUGGCUACUGGCCCGAAGUGAUGACUUUGACAUUGACGAGUCUCAAAUUCAUAUCAGAUCCCGUUUUGAGGUCAGCUUUUUGUGGACAACCUUGACCUUAGGCAACAACCCAGGCUCUGAUGGUCUUGUCACAGCUGAAUUUCAGGAACCUUUGAAGGACUCCAUCACUGAGUGGCAGGUCUUGGCUGUCAGUACUUCUCCUACUAAAGGUGUGUGUGUGGCCAAACCAGUGCCGAUCCCAGUUAAGAAAUCCUUUUUUGUUGACCUGCGCUUGCCCUACUCUGUCAUAGUAAAGGAACAAGUUGAAAUCAAAGCAGUCCUGCAUAACUACAUGGACUCAGAAGGAGAGUUUAUUGUACAACUGUACAAACAUGAUGCCCUUUGUAGCAUGGCAAGUGCAGGUGGAAGGUUCCAGCAGAAAGUAACAGUUGCAGAGGAGUCGAGCCGGGUCGUGCAUUUCACAAUCGUCCCCCUGAAAGAGGGCUCACAUGCCAUCCGCGUAAGAGCCUUCAGCAGUGGACUCCAAGUCACCGACGGCAUUCAGAAGAACCUUUUGGUUUUGGCAGUGGGAGAAGAGAAAAUUGAAACUACUAUAAGGCUUCUGAAUGUUUCUGCUCGAGGCGGAAAGCGAAAGGAAACCUUUGUCAUACCUGAACUGAGAUCACAGGUUCCAGGAACAGAUUCUAUCAGUAUCAUCACUGUUCUUGGGGACGAGCUUACGGACACGAUCCAAAACUCAAUAAGCGGGAACGUCCUGAGCCGGCUCAUCCGAAUGCCCGGCGGGUGUGUAGAGCAGAACUUGGCUUCCAUGACAUGCCCCAUCAUCGCCACCCGCUUCCUGGACAGCACCAAUGGCUGGGAGAGCGUAGGUGUGCAGAGGAGGAUGGAGGCCAUCUCCUACAUCAAGGCUGGUUAUGGAAACCAUCUGCAGCAUCGCAAGUCAGAUGGUUCAUAUCCUCCCUACAACAACCAAAAAUCAAGCACAUGGGUGACAGCGUAUACAGGCAAGGUUUUUGCGAUGAGUGCACACCUUGGUGUAGCAUCUAGGGAUCAUGUGUGUGAGACCAUAAAGUUCCUAAUCCAGCAAAGAAAAGCAACUAAUGGACAUUUUGAAGAGGAUGCUGAAGUUUCAUCCAAAUCCCUCAUGGGUGGGACCAAAGAUGAAGGAGAUCUAGGGCUUACAGCUUUUGUUCUGAUAGCCAUCGCAGAGACCCAGAGUAUCUGCAGUGGAGAGAUACCUAACCUCGAUAGCCGUAUGAGAGAGGCCACACAGUAUCUGCUCCACCAGCUGCCAGGACUUUCACGGCCCUAUAGUGUGGCCUUAGCUUCCUAUGCCCUGGCAUUAUGUAAAGCACGCAAAGCGGAUUUGCUCAACCACUUAAAAAGAGUUGGCUCUUCAGAUGGUACUCACUGGGGUGGAUUUAAUGAGGUGGGCAUUGAGGCUACAGGGUACGCUCUGCUAGCUCUGUUGACGCUGAAUGAAUUCGAACUGGCCACUCCGGUGAGCAACUGGCUCAUGGAACGCACCAAUGAAAGAGGCCAGUUUGGGUCCACGCAGAGCACCAUCGUGGUGUUCCAGGCCCUAGCAGAGUACAAGUUAAUGGAGCUGAAGGAACUUGGCAAGAAAGAGAAAAAAAUGCAAGUGAAUCUGGUGCUUGAUGUGAGGAGCCGCCCGAAAAUGUGGACUUUUAACAGAAACACCUGGUCAGCGGCUCGAACUGAAAAGGUCCACAAGCUUAAGAACUUCACAAUAGAAGCAGAGGGAAGUGGAACUGGAAAGAUUGUGCUUGAGACCAUAUAUUAUGCCAUCCCUGAGCAAAAAAUGAAGUCCUGUGUGGGUUAUGAGAUGGAUGUCACGAUAGAUCAGAGAGAUCUACAAGAAUUGCAGCGAAGGCACAAUGCCAAGUUUCCAAACGGAGUGGAGAAGGGGUAUCUCAUGGAGAUCUGCCUCAGAAUCCAUGAAGACACCCCUGAAACGAUGACGAUUCUGGACGUGUCUCUUCCCACAGGCUUUGCACCAUCAUUGCAGGCUCUGGAAUGGCUGGUGAAUCGAGUGGACCAUCUGAUUGAUUUUUACAGUAUGGAUAAAGAGCUGUCACGCAGAGGGUCACUCAUCAUCCAUAUAUACAAAAUAACACGAGGCGGCUCCAAUUGUAUCCCACUGGUUCUGUACAAGGAGUUUGAAGUGGGGCUACUCCAGCCAGCCAGUGUUACUGUCUAUUCCUAUUACAACAAGGAGAAACACUGCACCAAGUUCUACCAUCCGACAGGAAACGCGACACAGCUGGCUACUAUAUGUGAGGGCCGAGUGUGCAACUGUGCAGAACAAGCAUGUCCAUCCCUCAGCAAACACACAGGGGAUCGGGAGUCAAAAGCCUGUAGUACGACCACCCAUGUUUAUAUGGUAAAACUUAAAGACAUUAAGAGGGAUGAACUGUAUGAUAAGUACAUCAUGGAGAUUGAAAAUAUCAUUAAAACAGGGCAAGACGAAGUGGUGAUAAAGGAUGAGAGAUCAUUCCUCUCACACAUCAGCUGCAGGAAAGUGAUGAACUUGAACGUGGGAAGUUCCUACCUGGUGAUCGGCUUGCCAGAGAGUAUGAUCAAGAUGCCAGAUGGAAAAUAUUCUUACAUCCUCUCAUCUGACACCUGGUUGGAGAGAAUUCCCAGUAAGAUCGAGUGUCAGACAGAUCAGAAAGUAAUCUGUGACGCAAUUCAAGAAUUUGAAGAGAUAAUGCUGGAGAUAGGCUGUCAGAUGUGAAUUAAUCCCAACCCUGCCUUUUACAUAAAGAUCCACUUCAUAAUC